CCAUGAGCCGCCAAGUUGCGACCGACCCUUUCCCCAUCUUAACUCUUCAUCCCAUCGUCCGUCCAUCGUAUUGGAGGUCAUUCGGUCCAUUGACUUGGCUCUGCUACGACUGCGCAUCUUACGGAACAUCCAUCGGCGACUCUAGAGUGUCUACCCCACCACACAUCCAUCCAAACAUGCCCCUCAUGCGCAAUCCGUUCCGGAACAAGGACGAAACCGUCCGCGUGACGACCAAUGGUGUCGACGACGGCAACACCGGUCUUGUCGCGAGCCCCACCGCCAUCACCAAAGACCAGAAACCCGCCGAAUACCAACUAAGUGAAAUCAACGACAGCGGCGUCUUCGUCCCUCCCUCCCCGACAGAGCAAAAGAGCACCUUCUGGCGCAGCUCGUCAUCAAGAAGUACGACGAGCAGUCGCAGCCGCAGCCUGUUCGACGAAAACGAACCCUUCAACAUCUCCCGCGAAUCCUUCGACUCCUACCGCCGCUCCUUCGACAUCUGCGCCCGCUCCCCCAUCAUCUCCCCCGAAGGCAAGCCGCGGUCAUCUCUUGACUCCCGCACCUUUCUUGCGCCCCCGAAGCACUCCAACUCUUUCCGUCGGCCGGUGGAGGUGCCGGGCACACAGACGGAGGAAGAGCCGGAAGCGCUCGAGGAUGUGGCGCUCGAUGAGCCGAAGCCGCAGCCGAAGAAACGCGGCAUGCUGAGUCGCAUCAUCGAUUCCGACUCGCAUUCCGAGCGGCCGGCCGCGCAGGAUGGCGGCAAGAGUUCCUGGCAUCAUUUUGGUGGCAGGAAGAGGGGUCAGUCGGGCCAGGGCGCGGAGUUGGGCAGUAUCCCGAAGCGCGAGGACACGCCCAAGCCGGAGAGCCAAGUGGGCAAAGAGGAGAGGCCGGCGGUGUCAUCGCCGGAGCUCGUUCAAGCAUCGGCGUAGUUGAUGCUGCGGCGUGAGCGAGGUCGCUGUUGGGUAGCUUCUUGGAACUAGUGGACAGCCUCGACAGACUUUCUGGAGAUGAUGGCGAUUCUGGCGUUUGGAUACAGAGGAACUCGAGUAAGGCUCUCACUCGAGUCAUUGGCGUUCACGGAAUGUAUGUCUACAGGGAACGCGGACAGACGGACGGACAGGGAUCAGCAUUAUGGAUGCACGAGGCUGCCGAAUGCGCCUUGUAUGGGCAAGACCGGAUACACAGGCGAUCAUGGCGGGUGCGGCAAAGAGCGGCACUCUUACAGCUGAACACAAGGUAUCGUAGUUAAUGAUAAUAUGACCAUGGCUUGCUCGUCUGCAGCAAAC